AUGCUUGCAAGAAUUGAACCUCAUUAUUGGUGGCCAAAGAUGAAAGCAGAAGUAGAGAACUAUGCAAAAACGUGCCAACGCUGUGCUGCUACUCUUGCCCAGGGACAUAGAAAAGCACCCAUUCAUCAACGACCAAAAGAAGAGAAACCAUUUGCGUUGAUAGAAGUAGAUCUCAAGGGUCCAUUACCGAGAACGAAAGAGGGAUUUGACAAUAUUGUUGUGAUAACAGAUCCAUGUACAAAAUAUGCAGAGAUGCAUCCAAUUCGAGGACAAACCAGUCAAGUUGUUUGUAAGACACUCAUGGGUUGGAUAUCAAGAUAUGGUUUACCAAACAAAGUGCACUCUGACAAUGGACCUUGUUUCAUAAGCGAAACAUUUGAACAGUUUUGCAUAACCCAAGGCAUUGAGCAUACUUUCAGUCCACCCUAUAGGCCACAAGGAAACGCGGGUGUAGAACGGAUUACUCGUACGAUGGGGGAAGCACUCACAAAAUUGGUAGAUAAACAUCCCAACCGAUGGUCUCAACACCUACCUAACGUACAACUAGCAUACAACACGGCAGUUCAUACAAGUACAGGAGUUUCGCCGUACGAACUAGUUUUCAAGGAGCACCCGCGAUCAAAAUUCGAAAUUAUAACAGAGAAGAUAUCACCAGCAACGGUUAGAGAGAAAACGGAACGACUGCGCGAGACUGUUAGUGAGGUAUUCCAAAAAGCACAAGAGUCCGAUGCCAAGUUAGCGGAAAAACGCAGAGAACGGUACAACAGUAAAACUUCGUUUAAAUCGUUGGGGGUGGGUCAACAAGUUUGGAAAAGAAAUUUACGAGCAAAAACAUUUGCAGAUCGGUGGACGGGACCCUAUGUCGUGGUAAAGCCCACGUCGGUAACCAAAACAUCUUAUGUG